AUGUAUAGAGAGAAUGGCCUUCUUUUCCCAUGGCCAUAUCAACACAAUUUCUCUCAAGAGCUUCAUCAACUUGAAGAGUAUUGCAAAACACAGAAGCUCAAUGCUUCAAUGAGUGACAUUGUUCAGUUUUCUGCGAUGUCCGAGUACGAUUUUGCAGCUGAAGGAGAUUUGUUCAAAGCACCUGAACCGAUUAUAGAAGAGUCUGAGAUUGAUCUGGAUCCCAUGACAGCAGCCAUCUCAAUGAUAUCUUGUGACGAAGAUAUAAAAUCCACGGAUAUUUCUAUUCUUCAAAACGAACAGCUUCUCAGUGAUGUAUUCUACGAAUGCAAGAAGGAUCUAUUGGAAAUGACAGCGAUGGAAUCACCACUUUCUGAGAUUAUGGAAAUUAAAAUUCCACUACUGAACAUUGAUGAGAAUACAGUUCAAGAAAACAGGCCACUUCCUGAUAUGCCAUUGUUACCGAAGAGCAUCAGCUCGGGGAGUUUAAGUUCGAUGGAUUGGAUGCAUGGAUCUGCAAUGAAGCCUGCUUUGUUUGGUGUCUCGGGAAUAGAUUUUGAUGCGGUUUAUGGCAUGCGGAGAUCACUUAGUGAAGGAGAUAUAAAGACUCUUGGCAACGGUAAUAAUGUAAAUGCGGUCCAAUCUUCCCGAGAGAGGCCCUUUUCUUGCAACAGCGAGGAGCGCUUACAAAAGCUCUCCCGAUACAGGAACAAGAAGACAAAGAGGAAUUUCGGGAGGAAAAUUAAGUAUGCUUGUAGGAAGGCUCUAGCUGACACUCAACCAAGAAUUCGUGGAAGAUUUGCAAAGAAUGAAGAGUGUGAGGCAAAGAGGGAAUGA